UUCAAUUAUGAUAAAAUAUGUACUUCAAAAAGUCACUUGCAUUAUUUACUUAGCGUCUGAAAUUGUGACUUGAAGGUGUGAAAAUGAAGAAAAGUGUGAUAAUAACGAUUUCUGUGAUUGUCGGGUUGGUAGUGGCAGCCGGGUUGGGGGUGCUUAUAUGGUGGUUGGUUGCAGGACGUCAUCCGAACUUUACCACUGUUUUAUUAGAAGGCGAAGGGUUCCGCGACGUGCAACAAACAGCUGCAUGGACACGCAUACGUGGCACCGGGGACAUGUUUUGGUGGUUCUACCCUGCCACCGCUGGCGCCCAGGCGGCCAGGCCACUCAUUCUCUGGCUGGACGGGGUCACCGGCCUCUCACCCAGCUUGCUCGCUAACUUCGGCAUGAUCGGACCACUCGACUUCAACUUGAACGCCCGGAAUGGAUCAUGGGUGGAGGACUGCAACGUAUUGUUUGUUGAUGCCCCACUAGGGACUGGAUUCAGCAGAGCCAAUGGAAACAAUGAUUUGCCGCAGAAUAUUGAUGAUAACACGGAUCAUCUCCUGUACACUUUAGAGUCUUUCUACAGUGCGCGAGAAGAUUACCAGGAUUCACCUCUCUACAUUUUCGGCCAAGGAGACGGGGCACCACUCGCUCUGGCUCUCGCCAUACGACUUGCAAAAGGUGUUUCCUUCUCACAUAACCUGAAAGGCGUAGUUAUCGGUAAUGGGGUGGUCUCCCCAGCUCUGGCGCUUACUGAACUGGGCUUCUACCUCGACGAGAUGGGCUAUGUCGACCCAGCAGGAAGGGUCAUAGUUGAAGCAUUCUCCGAAGAACUCUCGGCCUUAGUAGAUGGUGGACAAUUUGAAGAAGCUUUUGACAAGUUCCUAACCCUGGGAGACUUUCUCAAUGAGGAGGCAGGGACUGUCGCCGUCAAUUUGAACUACAUCAUUCAAAAGCUGACGCGUACAUCUACUGCUGCAAGAGAUUACUUCGGCCAGAGAGAAUACCUGAGGUCGGCGCUGCAAACCGACAUUGACUUCAAUCAAUUCAUGGCGCAGACGAUAGCUCCCGCCCUCGGCAUCUCCUCUCCAUUCUACGACGAGAGCAGAGAGGCCGUCAUUCGAGCCUUCAGGGAGACUUACAUGCAGCCUACUACUGAACUGGUGGAAUACCUACUAAAUAACACAGAAGUCAGUGUUACAAUCUACAACGGAAAUCUCGACGCGGUAUCCACUACACCAGGUCAACUGAAAUGGGUGAACAAUCUGCAAUGGGCCGGUCAAGCAGAAUUCAGGAACACUAAUCGUCGAACGCUGAUAGUCAAUAGCCUCGUCGAAGGCUACUUCCGAGAAACUGACCGACUUGCCUUCUACUGGAUGAACGCUGCAGGAAUCUCGGUACCGCUCGAUAGUCCAACUGCUAUGAGGAGAGUCAUGCAAAGAAUAACUGGUGUCAAUCCUUAAAAGUAAUAUUACUUAUAAUAAAAAAUUAAGUAUA